AUGCUCUUCCGUUCCACAGUCCGCCAGGCUGCGCCUCUGCGCCGUCAGGCCUUCGCCCCCUUGACCCGUCGCUCCGUCACCACCGACGCCGCCUCUGCGCACGCCGAAAACAUCCCGCAGGAGGAUGACAAGCCGUUCACCGUCCGCCUCUCCGACGAGAGCUUCGAGACCUACGAGCUCGACCCGCCCCCAUACACUCUGGAGACCACUAAGAAGGAGCUGAAGACCAUGUAUCACGACAUGGUCGCGGUCAGACGUAUGGAGAUGGCCGCCGACCGCCUGUACAAGGAGAAGAAGAUCCGGGGUUUCUGCCAUCUGUCCACCGGUCAGGAGGCCGUUGCUGUCGGUAUUGAGCACGCUAUCAACAGACAGGACAAGGUUAUCACUUCUUACCGUUGCCACGGUUUCGCUUUGAUGCGCGGUGGUACCGUCAAGUCCAUCAUUGGUGAGCUCUUGGGUCGCCGCGAGGGUAUUGCGUACGGCAAGGGUGGUUCCAUGCACAUGUUCGCCGAGAACUUCUACGGUGGUAACGGUAUUGUCGGCGCCCAGGUGCCCGUCGGUGCCGGUCUCGCUUUUGCUCAGCAGUACAACGAGCAGCCCAACACCUCCAUUGUCCUCUACGGUGAUGGUGCUUCCAACCAGGGUCAGGUCUUCGAGGCUUUCAACAUGGCCAAGCUGUGGAACCUCCCCGUCCUGUUCGGUUGUGAGAACAACAAGUACGGUAUGGGUACCUCCGCCGCCCGCUCCUCCGCCCUGACCGAGUACUACAAGCGUGGUCAGUACAUCCCCGGUCUUAAGGUCAACGCCAUGGACGUUCUGGCCACCAAGGCCGCCGUUCAGUACGGUAAGAACUACGCCAUCUCUGGCAAUGGCCCUCUCGUCAUGGAGUACGUCACCUACCGUUACGGUGGUCACUCCAUGUCCGACCCCGGUACCACCUACCGUAGCCGUGAGGAGAUUCAGCGCAUGCGCAGCACCAACGACCCCAUCGCCGGCCUCAAGCAGAAGAUGCUCGACUGGGGCGUCCCCGAGGAGGAGCUCAAGAGCAUCGACAAGGCCGCCCGCGCCUACGUCGACGCCGAGGUCGCCGAGGCUGAGCAGAUGGCCUUCCCCGAGGACUCUGCCCGCAACCUCUUCGAGGACAUCUACGUCCGUGGCUCCGAGCCCAAGUGGAUGCGUGGUCGUACCGUCGACGAGACCUUCUACUACUAG